CGGGGAUGGGCCAGAUUGGGAAGGGCGGUACAAGGGUGGGACUUGGCGUUGAUGUUUUGGAACAUCAAAGAUGGACAGGGUUUUCGCGGAGGUUGCUCCUCAGAUAUCUCCACAAUUACAGAUCAGGGAUCUUCCAAAAUCAAGAAGAUUGGCGCAUAUGGCUUGGUCUCUUCACCUUACAAUUUGUAUGGCAAUUUGGCCCGAGGUUGUGGUGUGGUAGGGGUGAACGGGGGAUAAUCCCACACAGGAGUUUCAAACAAUGUCUGGUUCACGUUUGGCUGGAUAACUCCACCACCACACGGGGUAUGCGGUCGGCGAUGGGGUCAAAAUGCUCGUAUGAUCGAGGGCUAUUCGAUGGAUCUAUCGGCGGGUUCGUGGUGGAGCGGUUGGACUUUUUCAUGUGUUUGCAAUCUCUUGUUUCAGAGACUCAAAAUGCGCAUUCUGUGUCUGCUUAA